AUGUCCACCCCAGACGCGCAAGAUGCGUCUCCCUCCCCGGAACAUAGCGGCGAUGAGGACGGUGACGAUAUGGCUGAAGACAAACAGCUCAAAUCUGAACCCGAGGACGAGUCGUCGCAGUCACAACCUGUGAACGGCUCGAAAACAAACCUCAAAGACCCCAACCGCCAGAAACGGAAGAAGGCAAGAAGAGCAUGCUUAGCCUGCCAACGAGCUCAUUUGACUUGCAGUGAUGAGCGACCAUGUGGUAGGUGCAUACGUCGCGGCCUGCAAGAUCAAUGUCAAGAUGGCGUACGCAAAAAGGCCAAAUAUCUUCAUGAUGCGCCGAACGAAGCAUUACUACCGCCGCACUUGAGUAAUUAUCCACCUCAUAUGAACAGUCAGAGUAGCCCAAACAACCCAUCAGGAACUUCUUUGACAGAUCAAGGCCUUCCCAUGGGACCACAACCGACGUAUUUCUCCCCAACACAACCCCCAAACAACUAUGGCAUGUUUCCACAGAAUGGCCCUCCCAUGCAUAGCAACAUGCCUCCACCAGGUCCUGAUAUGGGACCUUACAGUGGACAGUCUACCCCGAUUUCACCACCUCACUAUACACAGCAGUCUGGCCAAAGAACCCCACCAGUCCAGAGUAUGGGGCAACCAAUGCAACAAGUCCCACAACAGAGUCCACCGCAAAUGCAGAAUUUUGGACCGAGCAUGUUCGAUACUAACGAUCCGUCGCUAUUCAAUUUUGAUCUCGCUGGUAUGAACUUUGGGAACCAUUAUGGAGCUUUGGAAUUCGGCAUGCUCGGCCACAUGUCCUCUGGUGCUGGAGAGACUCCACCGCAUGAGAACAAUAUCAUCAGUCCGUUGAAUCAGGCCAUGUAUCAUGCUAACAACCCCCAAAGCUAUGCAGACAGCCCCGUGAACGUUGGAGGCUUCGACAAUGUUGACUGGCAGAUCGCUCAUUCGAGGCAAGGUAGUCAAGUCAACAUGCAGACGCCUCAGUCGGCAAUUCCGAACAACAUGGAUUCCGUAGUACGCCCUGAUACAUAUCACAACGCCUACUCCGUUGGCCACAAUGCUGGCAGUCUUUCGAGUGCAAGUCCGGGUUCUUCGGGUCAAGAUGGAACACCGACGACGUACGAAGGAGCACCAGCUUCACCAGCGUUCUUCGUAAACACCAACCAACAGCAAGCGCAGCAUCAGCCUAUCUACCAGAAUCGACCUAUAGUGCAGUCACAACAGUCGCAGCAACAUCAGCGCCAGCCUGGCAGCUUACUUCGAAAUAUGAACCCCAACUUUGGCCCGAAGAGGGUGCAUCGAGACACGAAUGUCAUUUAUCGCGAUCUUAACAAGCCUUAUCCGUACACGCAAGCUUUCCAUCGUUUUCAGGAGCUACUGCAUACUCGAUUCCCCGUCGACAAACGCAUGCGAGUAGCUAAGUCCAUGGCCUCAAUUCGACCAUCAUUCAUAGCGUGCACCAAAGACCUCGAUGAGCAAGAUCUGAUCGCUCAAGAGCGCACAUUUCAACGCAAGCUUUGGGGUUACGAGGAUUGGCUCGCAUAUAUUGGGACUCCUUCACUUGUUAUCCGCCGCUCGGGCGAGGUUGCAGCCGUCGGUAAAGAGUUUUCACUUCUGACAGGAUGGAGUCGUAAUGUACUUCUAGGCCUUGAGCCGAAUUUGAACUCCAACUGGGACUCGAUUUCAACGCAGACGAGCUCAAGAGGUAGUAUAGCUGGAGCCACGACACCGGCUGAAGACCUUCCCCCACGUACUUCCACAGGUAACCCUGUGAUGAUUGCCGAACUUCUCGAUCAUGACAGUGUCGUGCGCUUCUACGAGGACUUUGCGCGCCUGGCUUUCGGUGAUGCACGUGGGACAGCUGCACGCCGUGUGAAGCUUAUGUCAUACGUUGCGCGGAACGAAGAUGAUGGUUUGAUGAGCAGCGUUUCGAAUGGCGUGAACCAGGCAAAGAAAGACGAUCUCGGUGGCAGAGUUGUGGAUGAAAAAAUGAGACCUGCGAGACGGGCCGGUGGAAAGGAUCGAAUCGACUGUCAGAUGUGUUGGUGUGUUUGGCAUGAUCAGUUCGACAUGCCAGCGAUGAUCAUACUGAAUUUCCUUCCCAUCAUACAACAACACUCACCGCAGGAAUCAUUCAAACAACCAGUCCAGCUGGGGGCUCAGAGGCAACACAUCGUCGCCUAG